UCUCCACUCUUUCUAAUGCCCGGCCAAACUCCAUGGACUAAAGCAAACUUUCCAAACCUAAUUCCUCCAGCUAGAGCGGGGGGGAUAGGCUGUGUGUGGCGGAGAAGAAAUGGCGAUGGCGGCCAUCGCGCCAACCAGCUUGUUUGGAAGCGCGCUGGUCUCUCGUCGCGGCAAUCCAAGCUGCGCAGCUAUGGCGUUCCUCACAGCUAUGGCGUUCGUGGCAGCCGCUCCAUGCCGUGUGUUCGUGCGGCUUCUCCCAAGCUGAAAGGAAUAGAUCUUCCUAAAGAGAAUCCCAAGCUUCCAGUGGCGUUCUGGGGAUUCACAAGCACGGCCGAGUUGUGGAAUGCUCGUACUGCGAUGCUGGGCAUUGUCGGAAUGACGCUCGUGGAACUGAUCCUGGGAAGAGGCAUUUUGCAAACUUUUGGGAUUGAAGUCGGCAAAGGCCUCAAUCUUCCACUGUGAUUCUUGUGAUCUAUACCACUUCCAGGUCUUUCAACUUCCUGGCUAAAGCUAGAACGCUGGCAAAAACCAUAGUAACAUCGUGAUCGAGGAAA